GCCGCCGCGCCCGCGCCCGCGCCCGCGAUGGACUCGAUGUUGGGAGCCGACGCCACCGUCCCCGGGACGCUCGGCGGCUGCAGUGGCCUCGCCCGCGGCUCGCCAGACGAGGUGGACGGCAUCGGCCCCGGAGCCGGCUUGGGAGACGCUGUGCUCCCAGACGUGUCAGAAGAAACGGUGUCUCCCACCAGAGCACGGAACAUGAAGGACUUUGAAAACCAAAUCACUGAAUUGAAGAAAGAAAACUUUAAUCUAAAGCUCCGCAUCUAUUUCCUGGAGGAAAGAAUGCAACAGGAAUUUGAUGGCCCCACCGAACACAUCUAUAAAACUAACAUCGAACUCAAGGUGGAAGUAGAGAGUCUGAAGCGGGAGCUCCAGGAGAGAGAGCAGCUGCUCAUCAAAGCCUCCAAAGCCGUUGAGAGCCUGGCUGAAAGGGGCGGCUCCGAAGUUCAGCGGGUGAAAGAAGACGCUCAGAAGAAGGUGCAGCAGGUCGAAGAUCUCCUAACCAAAAGAAUAUUCCAUUUAGAAGAGGAUGUGAAAGCUGCCCAAGCAGAACUGGAAAAGGCCUUUGCGGGGACAGAAACAGAGAAGGCUCUUCGGCUGAGCUUGGAAAACAAGCUUUCAGAGAUGAAGAAGAGGCACGAGGGGGACGUGGACAUGGCUGUCGUCCUGGAGCAGAAAGACAGACUGAUUGAGGACUUGAAGCUGUCUUUGAAGAGCAAAGAAGCUUUAAUUCAGUGCCUUAAAGAGGAGAAGUCUCAGCUGGCAUGUCCUGGUGAGAGAGUGUCAUCUGGAGAGCUCCGAGGACUCUCUGCUGCUCCGAGGGGGGAACAGGAGAGAGGAGCCGAGGCCGCGCAAAUGGAGCGCCAGGAGAGACACCGCCUUGAAGAGAGGAUCCAGGCACUUCAGGAGGACCUGAGAGAGAAGGAAAGAGAAAUUGCUGCAGAAAAGAAAAAUAGUCUAAAGAGGGAUAAAGCCAUUCAGGGCCUAACCAUGGCAUUAAAGUCAAAGGAAAAAGAGGUGGAAGACCUUAGCCGUGAAAUGGAAGAGCUCAGUGCUGCCCUUGCGAAAGUUACAGACGCCCCCCAGGAGGCACAGACACAGAAGCUCCAGGGGUCUGAAGAUUAUGAGGCUGCUCUGUUAGAAAAGGUGGCGCUUUUGGCACAGCUGCACUCAGAAAACAUCAACAAGAGCGCAGAGAACCACAGACUGCGUAGGAACAUUAAGAAGGUCACCCAGGAGCUUAGCGACCUGCAGCAGGAGAGGGAGCGGCUGGAGAAGGACUUGGAGGAAGCCCAUCGUGACAGGGGCAGAGGAGACCACACCAUCCACGACCUUAGAAAUGAAGUUGAGAAACUACGCAAUGAAGUGAAUGAAAGAGAGAAAGCCAUGGAGAAUCGUUACAAGAGUCUUUUGAGUGAAAGUAAUAAAAAAUUGCACAGUCAAGAGCAAAUGAUCAGAAGUCUAAGAGGAAGCAUCGAUCCAGAGGACUUGUUGCUCCAGGAAUUCAGUGAAAAAGAUUCGGGAGCAGUACAGCCGACUCGCCCUUCACAGAGUGGGGAGGAGCUCAGGGCCAGGAGUGGGGACUCAGCAGCAAAGUGCUCUUUACAGCGCUCACCAGGCAGCAACCGCAUCUUCUCGGAGGAAAAGCAACAAUUAGACUAUGAAGAGCUGCUUCGGGUCUUGAAGAAGGAGCGGGACAUCUACGCUCAUCUGGUGAAGUCCCUGCAGGACCCGGACAGUAUCAACAGCCUGCAGGCCGAGUUAAACAGCAUUUUCGCUUUGCGGAAGCAACUGGAGCAGGACGUGCUGUCCUAUCGGAAUUUACAAAAGACCCUGGAGGAGCAGAUCAGUGAAAUUCGGAGGCGGGAAGAAGAACCAUUUUCAUUUUACAGUGAUCAAACAUCUUACCUGAGUAUUUGCCUUGAAGAGCCCAAUCGGUUUCAAGUGGAGCAUUUUUCUCAAGAAGAACUUAAGAAAAAGGUCAGUGACCUGAUACAGCUGGUGAGGGAGCUGCACGCGGACAACCAGCACCUGAAGAAGACCAUGCUUGAUCUCUCGUGCAUGGGCGCCCAGGGCGGGGACAGACUCGGGUCGGCGGCACAGUCGCAGCUUUUGGCUAGCAAGGAGGAUGAGGACACGACCAGAAUUGGAGCGGAUGACGAGAAUAAUUUCCCGAGUGACCAGCAUUUGGAGCAGAGUGACAAGGUCGUGGAGGACUUUUCCAAAGGGGGCUGCAAAAACGGAUACUCGAGGCACACAGAUUCUAGCAUCCUAGACUACGAUGGAGCCCACACACCUGGCUGCCCCAGAGACCAGAGUCUAGAGGAAGGCGAGCUCCUGAACCUGCUGGCCCCUUUUUUCAACGAGAAGGCCACGUUGUUCCUGGAAUCCAGGCCAGACCUCCUGAAAGUGCUGCGUGAACUGCUCUUGGAACGAAUGCGCUCGCUAGAGCAGGGAGUUUCCGCAGAACACCUUGAUGGGAAGACUGAGAAGUCACUGACGCCGGUGGCCGUUCAGCUAGGAGGUGAACUAGGACACCUGGCCCACGUCGACUCGUCGUCCAAGUCCCGUGAUGACCCGAGGUCGCCUUGGACAGCCCGGCUGCUCAGGGCGGGUGAAGCGGCCACGCGGGAGCUGAAAGAUGCCUCCGUGCAGACCGUGGCCGCGGAGGGCGACACACUCAGGUUCACAAACCAGGGCAAGAGAGGAGUUUGGGAAGAGGAGCCCCCAGACGCCACGUUCCACGCUGAGGGUCAGCCGCAGAGCUUGUGCCUGGUGCCAGGGAAGCCGGCCGCUGCCCUCUCCUUCCCCAGUGGGGCCGACAAAGAUGCUAAGAAGUCCCGCCUGCCUAUCCUGAUAAAACCGUCCCGGUCAUUAGGAAAUGUGUAUCGGCUCCCUGCCACCCAGGAGGUGGUGGCCCAACUGCAGGGUCAGAUCUUGGAGCUGCAGGGGGAGCUGAAGGAGUUUAAAAUCUGCAAUAAGCAACUGCAUCAAAAGUUAAUUCUGGCUGAAGCAAUGAUGGAGGAGAGGCCAGCGGCAGACAAAACGCUACAGGAAGCCCAGCCCCUUGUGGGAGCAGCCUACCAGGACGGCCCGGGAGAGCAGAACGGAGCCAAAGCCAUGCCCUGUGUCUGGAGAGCCACGGAGGGGGACAGUGAUCACGCCACCCACGAGACCGGUCAGAACGCAGGCCCGUGUGUACUGCGCAGCCUGGACGCUGAAACCCGCCCGCCCGACGGCCUUGCCGUCUUGCCCACAUGCCAAGGGAAUUCUGAAGGUUUUCCAGGCCCAGCCGCGGUAGCUGCCUGCCGGAGUUCUAAGAGUCCGCUUUCCUCCACAGUCCGCGUGUUUGGGGCCCAUCCGUCUGAGAACAUCGACACCUCCAGUGAUACAGAAAACUUAAAACAGAAAAUCCGUGACUUGGAAACUGAGCUCCAGGGCUACCGGAAUUUCUUAUUUCAGCUUCAGAAGCACUCCCAGUGCAGUGAGGCCAUUAUCACAGUUUUGUGUGGGACAGAAGGGGGCCAGGAUGUGUUGAGCAAGCCCAAGGGUAGCGCCGACGAGGAAGAAAUGACGUUUUCAAGUUUGCACCGAGUGCGUUACGUGAAGCACAUGAAGAUCCUCCGGCAGCUGGCCCCAGAGGUGGCCGACGGCGGGCUGCUGGAGGGCCUCAGGCAGCAGCUCCUGCAACAGGAGUGCGAGCUGCAGAAGGAGCAGAAUUUGAACAUGGAGCUUUUCAGUGAAAUCCACAACCUGCAGAAUAAGUUCCGAGAUCUGUCACCCUCCAGAUACGAUUCAUUAGUUCAGUCCCAAGCCAGGGAGCUCUCCCUUCAAAGGCAGCAGAUUAAGGAGAGCCACGGCAUCUGUGUCAUUUACCGGCAACAUAUGAACGCCACGAUGAAGGCGUUCGAGCGGUUGCUGCGAGCCGGCGGCGUGGAUCACGACGUGGCCGAGGGUUUCCAGGAGCAGCUGAAUCAAUGUGCCGGGCUGCUCGAGAAAUUGGAAAAGCUGUUUCUCAGCGGAAAAUCAGUUGAAGUGGACGUGAGCCCCCAGACCGAAGUGAUGGAGAGGAUGGAGGAGGACAGUUCAACCUACCGGCACAUCCUCCCCGAGUCUCCCGAGCCCUCGGCCUCUCACGCGUUGUCCGACUGUGAAGUGUCCGAGAAGUCCUCCGUCCUCUCCCGAGACCAGAAGCAAGACAGCGAGCCCGAGAAGGCCUCGGUCCUGGCGAACCGUUUCUCCCAAGACUUAGUCAUGGAACAUAUACAAGAAAUUCGAAGUUUGAGGAGACGUUUAGAAGAAUCUAUUAGAACCAACGAGGAGCUCCGGGGCCAGCUGGAACGGCAGGGCCACGAACCCGACCCAGGUGCUACAAACGCUUUUGCUUAUGGGUCAGAGCUGCAUGAUUCCCUGACUUCGGAGAUCUGUUUCCUGAGGAAGCAGAACCAGGCUCUCAACACGAUGCUGGCCAAGGGAUCCAGAGAUAAACAGAAGGAGAACGAAAAGUUACGAGAGUCCCUCUCCAGGAAGGCUGCGAGCCUCGAGCUCCUUCAGCGAGAGUACGCGUGCGUGAAGGGGGACAACGAGAGGCUGCAGAGCGAGGUCCGCGAGCGGGAGAGGCACAUGCAGCAGCUGCUCCGGGAGGUCUGCAGCAGCCGCAGCGAGCUGAGCAGGGCGCGGGAGGAGGCCCAGCUGAGGCAGCAGCUGCUGUCCCAGAACGAGGAGCUCCUGCAGUCCCUCCGCGUGGAGCUGAAGGUGUACGAGAGGCUGGACGAGGAGCACCGCAGGCCCAGAGAGGUCGGAGCAGAGGCGUGCGGAGAAGGCUGCAGGGGGCAGGACCCUUCCAGCGACCUGCGUGGCCUCCUAACAGAGAUCCAGGCUCUGCGGGGGCAGCUGGAAAAGAGCAUCGAGACCAGUAGUGCGCUGCGGAGCAGGCUGGAGGAGCAGCUGGCGCUGGAGGGGAAGAGGGCUCAGGAAGCAGCCCUCACCGUGGCUCUGCAAACCCUGACCGUCCCCGAGUGGCCCCUGCACCCGGACAAGCACGGUGGUGACGGAUGCCCCGUGGCGAUAGAUAAUUCCUGCGAUCUGUUUGACUCCACCCUGGCCGUGCCACCACCAUCGGCUUCUGAGACUCCUCCACUGUCUGAAAAUGACUCGGACUCCCUCUCCUGCCACAGUGGCGUUUCGGCCACCAGCACCUCGUGCACGUCCCACCUGGUCCCUGGCCACCGCCUGUGGGCCAGCAAGAGCGGGUGCCACGUCCUGGGCCUGACUGCGGACUACGAGGCCCUGUGCCAGCAGAUUGGCCGCGGCCAGAAGCUCUUUGCCGAGAUGGCCCUUCAGAUCCAAGAGGCUCCCCGCGCUGCAAGUCCAGAGCUGGGGACAAAGGGUCCACACUCGGUGCCCCUGCACACGUUUGUCACCAGCGUGGGCACAGCCAAGCUGAUCCUCGAAGAGGCCGCGAGGUUACUGACGCUUUUCUGGAGGGUCUCGCUCCCCACGAACGGCCAGUGCACGCUUCAUUGUGGACAGACUGGAGAAAUGAAGGCAGAGAUCACCAAACUACACAAAAAGCUGUUUGAACAAGAAAAGAAGUUGCAAAACUCUCUGAAGCUCUUGCAGCUGAGCAAGCACCAGGAAAAAGUCAUCUUUGAUCAGUUGGUCAUAACCCACAAAGUCCUUCGGAAGGCCAGAGGGAACCUGGAGCUGAGGCCCGGGGGCGCCCACCCUGGAACGUCCAGCCCCAGCCGACCGGGCUCCUGAGACCUCCUGCCAAUAAAGCUUGUGGUUCCCGCCGAGCGGA